UGUCUGUCUACUGGAAUCGAUUUUAUUUGGACGUGCCAGGAUGCGGGAGCCCUUCGUUAAGCUAUUCCCCGUGUGUGCCGCGGUAUUCUUAUUCAAAAUCGUGUCGACAUAUUAUCAGAACUAUCGGUGCUUUGGCACCGGCGACUGUAUCAUCUCGGCGGGAUACAUGGGCGGUGGCUUCACGGAUGCCUAUGACCGUUGGUUGAUUGAAUGCGCCGAUGGGGAAGCGGCCAUUGUGGACUUUGAUCCCAACAGUUUACCCGGCAACAGUCGGGAAGGCAUCGUCAUGUACGGUAGAUGCCUUGUCUUAUCGUAUACCACUCUAUUUAAACCGCGGCCAGUCGUUCAAUUUCUACAACUGUUUUGGUCAUUUAUAUUUUUAAAGCCUCUAAUUAUUUGUGAGAGGAAUUUAGGUGAACAUUCGUUUUCUUGUCUGCCCAUACGAGGAGGUAUUUAUGAUGGCUACAAGAAAUUCUCGGGAAUCUCACAAGUGUGGUGUUAUUUUGCAUUUCCUCUGAAACCGCCGGGUAAAGGCUUCUAUCCGUAUUAUCCGCACUGCAACGUCAGAAACAUCACGAUACAUGAGUAUUACUGCUAUGAUAAAUACUACCCCGUGGACACCGUCGACACAUUUGUUACCGGAUAUUAUUCGCCGACGAAUUACGAUCCCGCCGAGCCAUCCCUACAAAAAUGUUGCAGGACCCCGCCGGGAUACCGUAUCGAUUACAAUCGCUGCCAAUGGAAGUACACGCAUGACCGGAUGGGCGAACAUUAUGAUGGAUAUUGGCUGGUUAAAUGCGAUACAAAUUUUAUAAUGACAGGAACCGGUCAAGCGCGUAAUCCCUAUGAUAACCAGACACACUGGGUGUGGAUCCAGUGCUGUCCGACCGUUUACCUCGGUUAUCCUGGAUAUGCAGCACUAGCCAGGCCGAAUCCUUACUCGUAUGUGCCCAGCAGGAGAGCCUCACUUUCCUAUGGAUAAUGUGGAUACAGCACAAACUUAACCACUGAUAUAUUUGCGGUUGAUGUCUUGUUAACGUGUUUUAGCAGAAAUAACAUUUAACGGAAUCCGUGCCGGCUGUGUUGCAGUUAAAUUCAUUUCUUGUGUAAAAAAUGUCUUAAUCUCUUAGCACGUUAUCUGAUGGUCCAAAAGUACGACCUAUGUCUUUUGUAAAAGGUAACAAUUCUGCCGCCGGCAUCGAAUCUCUUAACCGCAAAUUAU